GUCACAAAAUGAUACUACAUUUACUAUAAAAUUUUAUAAAAAAUAGCUCUCAUUCGUUGACCCUUAGAAUUCCAGUGGCGGCCCCUACGCCGUUGGCCUUGCAUAAUCUCUCUCUCUCUAUCUCUCUCUCUCUCUAAAACAAAGCCACCUCUUCUCAAUCUCUCUCUCUUUUCAUGUCCUUGUGACUUUCUCUCUAGUAUUAAAACCCCACGCCACUAACAACCAACAUAACCAAAUCAGAUAAGAUCACCAAAGCCAAAAGCCCAACCCAAAAGCCUCUCCACAAACAAAAAAUAUUAACAUUUUUUCUUCUCUCUUAUAACACCAACCACAUUAGUUGAAUUAUUAUUAUUAUUUGUUUCAAACAUCAAUAUGGAGCUACAACUCUUAUCUUGGCUCAAACUUUUUUCUUUCUCUUUCAUUUUUCUUCUCUUUGUUCUAAAACUCACAGUGUUACUUUGGUGGAGACCAAGAAAAAUUGAAGACUAUUUCUCUAAACAAGGAAUUAGAGGUCCCCCUUAUCGUUUCUUCAUUGGAAAUGUUAAAGAACUUGUUAGUAUGAUGUUGAAAGCUUCUUCUCAACCCAUGCCUAAUUUCUCUCACAACAUUCUUCCUAGAGUCCUUUCUUUCUACCAUCACUGGAAGAAAAUUUAUGGUGGAACAUUCCUAGUUUGGUUUGGACCCACGGUUCGUCUUACAGUGUCUGAUCCAGACCUUAUAAGGGAAAUCUUCACAUCCAAGUCAGAAUUUUAUGAGAAAAAUGAAGCCCCCCCACUUGUGAAGCAGCUAGAAGGUGAUGGGCUCCUUAGCCUUAAAGGAGAAAAAUGGGCUCACCACCGCAGAAUUAUCUCUCCCACUUUUCACAUGGAAAAUCUCAAAUUGCUGAUACCGGUGAUGGCAACAAGCGUGGUAGAGAUGUUGGAAAAGUGGUCGGCAAUGAGUGACAAAGGUGAGGUGGAAAUCGAAGUUUAUGAGGGCUUUCAAACCCUAACAGAAGAUGUUAUUACUAAGACCGCGUUUGGAAGCAGCUAUCAAGAUGGAAAAGCCAUUUUCCACUUACAAACUCAACAAAUGGUCUUAGCUGCUGAUGCCUUUCAAAAAGUUUUCAUUCCCGGUUACAGAUUCUUUCCCACAAAGAAGAAUAUAAAAUCAUGGAAACUGGACAAACAAAUAAAGAAAUCAUUGGUGAAGUUAAUAGAAAGAAGAAAAAAGAAUUCAUCAAGGAGAUUAUUAAUUGAUGAAAAAGGUCCAAAAGAUUUACUAGGACUAAUGAUACAAGCUAGUUCAAACAACAACAAUGUGACAGUGGAUGACAUUGUAGAAGAGUGCAAGAGCUUUUUCUUUGCAGGCAAACAAACCACAUCAAAUUUGCUGACGUGGACGACCAUUCUAUUAGCAAUGCACCCACAUUGGCAGGUAAAGGCACGUGAUGAAGUUAUCAAGAUGUGUGGGUCACGUGACCUUCCUACUAAAGAUCAUGUUGUAAAGCUUAAGACGCUGAACAUGAUAGUUAACGAGUCACUAAGACUGUACCCACCAACAAUUGCAACAAUCCGACGGGCAAAAACAGACGUGGAAUUAGGAGUCUAUAAGAUACCACGUGGAACAGAGCUUUUAAUUCCAAUCCUAGCCGUUCAUCACGAUCAAGCUAUAUGGGGCAACGAUGUAAACGAAUUCAAUCCUGGCCGUUUCUCUGAAGGUGUAGCACGCGCCGCGAAACAUCCAGUGGCAUUCAUACCUUUUGGCCUCGGUGUACGCACAUGUAUAGGACAAAACCUCGCAGUGCUACAAACAAAACUGGCCCUUGCAAUCAUACUGCAGCGUUUUAGUUUCAGGUUGGCCCCUAGUUAUCAACAUGCACCAACGGUCCUGAUGCUACUUUAUCCUCAGUAUGGUGCACCAAUCAUAUUCAACCAAUUGUCCACGCUGGAUAAUCCGAAUCAUGACUCCUCAUAGGAUCUUGGAAAUUCAUGCCAACUUUCUCUAGAGUAUAUAUAAGGAUUGAGUGUAGUGUCCAAAACGGACCGAGUGUAGUCGUGCAGUCAAAUUGUUUGCAGUCAGAAGAUCUGAAUUAUGAAUUAUCUAAUCUCAUCAACUGUAUGCAGUUACGAGUGUUGACCGCACUUAAUCCGAAUCCAUCGGUUGUGGCAUUUGCUUUAUCAGAAGAAAAAAAAAAAGAACUAUAAAGUAUAUAUAUAGAGGAGAUGUGUGAUGAGUAAAAUUACGGUGGUGCCCUUUCCUUUUGUCUGCAGAUAUUUAUCCCAUGUGUUUUUUGUCUUAUUCCUCAUCAGAACAUACUGACUCUAGCAUGUGAGGUUUGGUUUGGCUUUUGGUCAAAAUUGUCUUUUGCCGAUUUCAAUUGGUUAUUGUCAUCAUAGGAGUAAAUUAGUAGAAUGCUAACAAUUUAAUUUCCUAGAUAGGUGCUUCACUUGUGUAUGUUGUGUAUAUAUUUUGUUUCUUUAAUUUUUUCUUGAAAGAGAUUUGUAUUUUUUUUUCAAUGCAUUUUUUGGUCCCUUGAUUGUGUA